CAGAGUCUUUUGCGAAGAUGGACGUACGCUGUUGCUCCGCGGUCACCGGUGCUGAAGUUACUGUCCAGCUUCCCACGACAGCGACAAUAUUUGACUUGCGGCAGAGUCUCUUUGGCCAUGUGAAUGAUCCAAAGAUCUUGAAGGAAAAUCAGAUUCGAAUCCUUCUAAACGAUGAGCCGGUUGCAGGAAUUGAGACAGUGAAUGGUGAGCACAUCUACGAGUAUGUUGUGGUGAGCCCAGACCUUCAUGAUGCCCUGGAAUGCAUCCGUCUCACUACAAUGCCUGAUGGUGACGCGAAUACCGACUGGCAUGAUAUUGCCAACCUGCUUGAAGACCGCUUCGUGGAACACGCACAACUGAAGGAUCAACAAAUUAUCCUAGACUUCACUGCAGCUGCUCAAUUGCUUGCGCGCGUGGCUCAGAGAGUUCAGCAGAGAGCUCAGGAGAUCGCCGAGGCACCGGGCACCCGUGAUUCUCUGGACACUGCUUCAUUCAUCAUCAAGGCCAUCAAGGAAGCAGCGGAAUCCCUCCGCAGUUUCCUGGUUAACAACCCACAGCUUCGUGGAAUCGAGCUGCUGGACGCAAUCCGUGAAGAGUAUUCAGACUUGCUCCAAUAGAUCUCAGAGUUGGAGGAUCUGCAGAGCAAAA